AUGUUCUCCAGUUUCUCCUCCUUCCUAUCAUCCAUUCCACAACCGAGUCAGGAGCAGCGCUCGCAUCAGUCAUUAUCAACUCCAAAUAAUGACACUCCAACCAAUGACGCUCCAGAGCCAGAUGUUGAUUCUCGGCCACUGGAUUACGCUGCUAGUGAUCCCAAGGCGAAGAAAAAAGACAAGAGGGAGAAACUUACAUUCAUUGUUGUGCGACCUCCACCGAGUAAAUCAAAUCACCCGCUCAAUCUCCAGGUUCAACUUGUACCCCCGCAAUCUCGUCAUGAUCGACCCCAUGCGACUGUCCAGGCGCUCGACCAGUCAGCCCCAGAUACAGUUGACACCACUUCUGAUUCUAUGGAUCUUCGAAGAACUUCUUCUAGCCAGUCAGAGACGUCUGCCUAUUCAGCUUACACCUCUGCAACCUCUAUAUCAUCAUAUAAUUCGUCAUCAACUGCGAGUUCGGGACGUCGCAUGAUCAUUCCACUUUACAAUCUUCAAGCUCAUAACGUCAUGACCAAUGUUAUAGUUGACGCUGGCACUGAUGCCAAAGUGGCUAAAUUCGCCAAGAGAGGGUUGGAAAUUCUUGGUCUGGCUAUCCUCGAACCUAUCGAAGUCUGGGGCACUGUUCCGUUGCCAGGUACUUUACUACCAAGCAGCAGCGCGCGCACUAGCGUUGAUGAGCCCAAACGAGAACUAGGUUUGUUCCCUCGGUCACCCACCCAUUCUUCGAACAGCAGGCCUGUUACGCCCGAAAUUUGCACCACUCUCCUUCCGCCUUCUUCGCACACGGAUAUCCCUCGUAAACCCAGCUUUACCUUCAUCCCCGCUACCACAGACGAAACCAUAACAAGCAACGCACAGCCCCAGCGCGGAGGCGCUAAAAGCCUGUUUACCAAGAUAUUCAAGAAAAGAGACACGUCUUCACGAACGCUCCCAUUAGUGACGGCGGCUACCGAUUUGCAGGGUUUGCCAAGCAUAGCUUGUGUCCCGUCUCGCCGAUCGCAUGACAUACACCUGUCGAGUCCUCAAGUUGUGGAUGUACCUCGUUUUAAUGAUAACCCCCCACGCACUUCAUUGUCAGGAAUGUCAUCCACUGUCACUCUCUGUCCUCCUGUCCUCGGUAUCCAAGCUUCCCUUUAUCCGUCAAUAUCUCCACUCAAAGGCCGACCCACUAAGUAUGUUUGGGUUGUCCGUAAAUGGCUCAAGGGCACAGACACAGGCCUUUUGAAUGGAAUGAUGGGCAAAUUGAGCGUAAAUGGGCGCGGGGAUCUCGCUGGAGCCAGCGCUCCGCAGGUGGAGGUGCGUUUUGAGUGGUCACGAGGGCUGAAAAAGGAAAAGGAGCGGGGUAGGAAGUCCCGUACUGAUAGGAGGUCCCCGACGCAAGGCCCCGAGAAUGGGAGCGUUAGCCGCCGCGGAAGCGCGGUUGUGGCAUCCGAGCCUCUAUUGAUGAGGUCGGUUCACAAAUCACCAUCUCGUUUGUGUGACCCCCCACCGGCCCUCGAUACUUUACCAACAAGCCAUAGUCAAUCAAGGUCCUCGCAUCACAGUACCAGUUCAGAUGGUAGCAAUAGCAUCGGAAGUAGCGCUCACCGCGCAGACGAUUCUGGUGACGACAGUGAAGCCGAGGAUUCAGAGACGCCUUGGACGUGUACUCUCACGGUGCAACGGACAGGUCAUCCGCCACUGAUGCACAGUUCUGCACAACAGCAAGACCAUGUCGUCCGACUGAAAGUUGCCACACUUAAGCCGACCCCACACCAUCCCAAAGUCGUCGGACUCCUGAAAGUCCCCUUUCCGUUGCCAGACAUAGACGUUGAGCGCCUUGCGGUGCACCGUCGUAUGGUUGCUGCGCAGAGCGUUAUCCGAACUGCCUCUAAUUCGGGCGAGUUAAUGCUCACCGCUGAGGAGAUCAAAGAUUCGAUUUCAUCCACCGCUUUAUGGCUUGUCGUACGAGAAGCAUUCGGAGGCGUUGGCCGAGAGCGCAGAAAGGGCGACGGGUGGCGAAUCAGAGCUUGAUCGCUCCCGGUGCAAAAUAAUGUCCGUUUACUGCGUUCUAGUCUGUGACAUAUCUCCUCCGACACCGAGCCAUUCCUACCUUAUCUAUCUCGCAAUCUAUCCUCCCCCCUCACAAGGCAUGAAUCUAUCUUUCUGGUUUUUUUUUCGUUUGGCAAGUAGGUACAUCGCGCUAAUGUAUUUAUCUCGAACGCCCCUUUACUGCUUGGUCGCGUUUAACUCAUCCUCAUCCUCACCUGUCAUCUUUUCAUCACUCAUAUGAUACAC